CCGACCUUGCUUCGGUCCGCCCCUCCGCCCUAAUCUAAUGGUUCGGUCCGCCCCCGCCCCACGCCAGUGGUGCGGUCUGAGGGCAGUGGCGUGGCCGUGGCGCCGCCCGGCGGAAGUGACGCCGCGCGGAGGCCAGGGCUUCCGGCGUGCAGGCAGUGGCGGCCCGGCAGGAGGAGCCCGGGGCGCCGCUCCCUGCCUCCGCCGCCCCGGCCGCGCUCCGCGGCGCCCGGUUAGUUGAACAGAGAAAUGGCUGAAAAGUACUUCUAGGAGCCCUGCAGUUUUGUGCCUCUUCUCCGCAGUGACUGGAAACAGAGCUCAGAUGAAAUCAAAAGAACGAUAAAGUUUGGUGGAGAAAAAGAAGCUACAAUUGCUUGCCUGGCCUGCAGUUGACAGGGCACUAAGAUGUCCGUGGACAUGAACAGCCAGGGCUCUGACAGCAAUGAAGAGGAUUAUGACCCUAAUUGCGAGGAGGAGGAAGAGGAUGAGGAUCCUGGGGAUAUUGAGGAUUAUUAUGAUGGGGUAGCUAACGACGUGGAGCAGCAGGGAGCAGAUGCCUUUGAUCCAGAGGAAUAUCAGUUCACCUGCCUGACUUACAAGGAGUCGGAGAGCACUCUGAAUGAACACAUGGCCAGCUUGGCUGCCACGUUAAAGGUAUCUCAUGCUGUUGCUAAGCUUGUAUUAGUUAGUUUCCACUGGCAAAUCUCAGAGAUUUUGGAAAGGCACAAGUCUAAUGCUGCCCAGUUGCUAGUGGAAGCACGAGUUCAGCCCACCUCAUCCAAACACGCAAUGGUACAUUCCUCUCAUCACUGCGCAGUGUGCAUGCAGUUUGUCCGGAAGGAGAACUUGCUCUCUCUGGCUUGUCAGCACCAGUUCUGCCGCAGCUGUUGGGAGCAGCACUGUACAGUGCUCGUCAAGGAUGGUGUUGGAGUUGGGGUCUCCUGCAUGGCUCAGGACUGCCUGCUUCGGACACCAGAAGACUUUGUGUUUCCAUUGCUGCCUAGUGAGGAGCUGAAAGACAAAUACAGACGCUACCUCUUCAGGGACUAUGUGGAGAGCCAUUAUCAGCUGCAGCUGUGUCCUGGUGCAGACUGCCCUAUGGUCAUACAGGUACAGGAGCCGAAAGCCCGGCGAGUGCAGUGCAAUCGUUGCAAUGAGGUCUUCUGCUUCAAGUGUCGGCAGAUGUACCAUGCACCCACAGACUGUGCUACCAUUCGGAAAUGGCUCACCAAGUGUGCAGACGACUCCGAAACAGCCAACUACAUCAGUGCUCACACUAAAGAUUGUCCCAAGUGCAAUAUCUGUAUUGAAAAGAAUGGAGGCUGCAAUCACAUGCAAUGCUCCAAAUGCAAGCAUGACUUCUGCUGGAUGUGUCUGGGAGACUGGAAGACUCACGGCAGCGAGUACUACGAAUGCAGUCGGUACAAAGAGAAUCCUGAUAUUGUAAACCAGAGUCAGCAAGCACAGGCCAGGGAGGCCCUUAAGAAGUACUUGUUCUAUUUUGAGAGGUGGGAGAAUCACAAUAAAAGCUUGCAGUUGGAGGCACAGACAUACCAACGAAUCCAGGAGAAAAUCCAAGAAAGAGUUAUGAACAACUUGGGAACAUGGAUAGACUGGCAAUACCUACAAAAUGCUGCAAAGCUACUUGCAAAGUGUCGUUAUACCCUGCAGUACACAUAUCCGUAUGCCUACUACAUGGAGUCUGGUCCCAGAAAGAAACUGUUUGAAUACCAGCAGGCCCAGUUGGAAGCUGAAAUUGAAAAUCUCUCAUGGAAGGUGGAACGAGCAGACAGCUAUGACAGAGGGGACUUAGAGAAUCAGAUGCACAUAGCAGAGCAGAGACGGAGGACCCUGCUGAAAGACUUCCAUGACACAUAAGACAGGAGGAAGUGACAGAGUGCAGGGGUGAGAGCAGCGAGUGAAGUGAUGGCAGCUUCACCAUGAUAAGCAGGCACUGCCUCUGGGAGAACAUGGCCAAGGACAAAGCCACCCCUCCCCUUGCAAGUCAGACACAUGCAAACACCACAUCUUAGUCCAGUUUGUUCUCUUAUCUUUCUGUUUCUGUUUCUGCCAGGCUAGAGGCCAGAGUUCAGAUUGGCAUAUUUCCUGGGACAUUUCCCUCCUGCCCUUGAUGGUUUCAGAAGGGGAGGGAGUUUUUCUCUGAAUGGCUGUUAAUAGUAUUAGAUCAUUACAAUUUAUGUAAUUUUCAACGGUUGUACAAUUAUACAAACAAACCUUAGAAUAACACACAACCCUUUUUAAAAAUAAAUUGGCAGUGGAGUGUUUUUCCUUAAUCUGCUUGUAAAUUUAAUGGGCUUUUCCCCUUCUGCCUCUUCCCUCCUCUGACCCAAAAAUCCUCCCAGGCACUGAAGGAGGUUACAAAAUAACUCCGCUAGAUUUCCUGAUCCUCCUCUAACCAGGGCUUUGUAGCAUUGGCAUUGCAUGGGGAGAGUGGCUGGUGUAAGAGUGGCUGCUGCUGUGUCUGACCUGACAGUACCAGCAGUGGCUGUGAUUUAGCGCAAUUACAUGUGGCAUCUCUUCUCUUGUAAAUCAGCUGUGCAAAAUCCUGCUACAUAAACAAAAGUGAUCAGAGGAAUUGUAGGAGAGAGACCAGGUUAACACUGGGGGAUAUGCCUUGAGGCAGGUCAGAUCCUUGCAUUCGAUGAAUCUUAGGUCUUCCAUGUAGAUUUUUGCUUUACUUGUUUUUGUGGGGAGGGCAUUGUAUUGCCAAAGUGAGUGACAAGGGCAUAGUAGCAUACCAUUGUUAAUCAAGGCUUGGGACUUUCGCAGAAUGAAACAAUCCAUGUUAUAACAGUGCCAUACAACCUGGUAAAGAUUAUUUGUGCCUGCUGGGUAGCAUGGUUGAGAAAAUUCGAUCGCAUUCAUCAAGGUGAAACUAAAUGCCACUACAUCCUGAGGAGGAAAGAUUACGUACAACACGCUCCGUGGCACAUGUUGACAGUGUGGACAGGCACUUGAAAACAGGUGCGCUGCUUGUGCAGAGCCAGGCAGAAAAUUAACUGGCAAAAUUAAUUUAUUUGUAUAUUGGUAUUGAUGCUGGUAGAGACUUAUCAGAAAAUUGAUUGUUAGGAGCAUGUGGAGGUUUUUUAUUAACAUUCUUUUUCUAAUGUAAAAUAUACACUAAAAUAAAAAUGUGAAAACCCAAUUCAUCUUAGCAGGGACUUAACGUGAAAAUGGUUACUUAAAUGCUGAUGCCUGCCUGUUUGCUAUAGGAAGCAGGUCACGUGUUAAGAUUUCACAGGCAUGUAUGUCACCUGCGCCAGGAAUAUGUUGUAUGCAGGCCAGUAGGGCGGAGCUGGAGUCUCUGAUGUGAGGAAAUCUUCACUUCUAUGGGGAAGUCACAGGACUCCCUUCCAUGCCACAUUUGGAGGCAUUGCCUUUGAUGCAUCCCUGUGCUCUCAUGUUGUUCUUACACAAUGUCAUUUGACAAAGAUUAAACUGGAGGGGGAAAAGUCCUAAAUUCCUGCUUGUCAGAAUAAGCUAACUCUGCUGAUGGAGCCAUUUCUCAUCCACCUGAGAUGUGAGAGACAGGUAUUUGCUGCAUGUAUAACUGGGCAGGUGGAUUUUAACAAGAGAGGUUUAUCAGUUUAAAGGAGGAAUAGCUGUCAUAUGAACUAAUGCUGUGGCCGUUUCCCUCUUUAGGCUGGAGCCAAGGGGGUAGAUUUCCCUGUUCCAGCCAUCUCCUGACCUCAUUCCCUCCUCUGCUCCCAGCAGCAGCCUCUUUGUGCCCUCUGCAAAAUAAAUCCUGCAGGUCUGUCUCUUCCUUCCCAAAUGAUUCCCAAAGUCUGGGGAUGCUGCAUGCUGGAGAAGGCAUGAGCACAGGAGAAAGUUUGCUGUGUACCCAGCAGUUGACAGUGUCUAGAACUAAUGUUUAAACUGUUCUUUAAAGAUGUAAUGUGCAAGGUACUAAUCUAGGAUAAAAGCUGGUGUUCUUGUUGUCUAAAUGUAACUAGCUAACACACAAUCUCUCUGCAGAACUGGUAUAUGGAGUUUCCUAACCCCAAAGAGCUCCCUCACUCUUGUAACAUAGUUGUCUGGCUUUGAGCUACAUGAGAAGGGUUUUUGUCUCUCUCUCGCUCUCCUUCCCUCCCUCUCCCAUGCCCCCACAAAAAUGCUUUGCUAAGAAUCCUUGUUUGUAGAAAAACUAGGCCGAAUAGCUACAGCCAAACUUACUAAACAGACUGCUGAGGUGCUUGGCUGAGGAGCAGUAAUACAUGUUGCAUCAAGUGCCCCCUAAUUCUUUGAAAUUUCAUGAAACUAGAGCUUUGUCAGCAGUUUUAUUUAACACCCCUCUUCCCUCCCCCCCCCCCCCCCAAAAAAAAAAAUAUACAGCCUUUAAGAAGGCUGUGAAUGCCCUGGUUUGCAUAUGUAGAUCCUACUUCUGUACUUGCUGGGAAAGCAACAGGACUUUGCUUUUGCAGCCCAGGCAGGGUGACUUCUCUGUCGGUGUCAUACAGAAAGUCACAGACUCGGAGAUGAAACCUGCAGCACGCAGAGAAUAUUGGCUGUUUGUGUGAAGUGACUGAUGCUGCUCAAGAGGCAGAUGACAGGCAGGAAGGAAAACAGGUUCCUGACGUGAGAGCAGAAGGCCAGUUUUUCCCAAUAGCUGGGUACACAGCCCUAUUCAAGUCAGUGAGGUUACAUGAACGUAGGUGAUUAGAAACUGGUCCGUGAGCCAUUAUUUCUGAGGUACAGGUUUCCCUUUGAUGCAUUACUGCUGCAGCUGGGGAACAGGGGUUGUUUUUCUUUUUGCAUUAGUUUCCACUCCUGCACCAGCCUGACGCCUCCUCAUCCCUGCAUCCGAUACUCUCUCAUUUCAGCUUCGCUUGCGUUAGCGCAUUGGCUGCCUCAUCUCUAAUAGUCCUCAGGCUUCCCAGACUGUAACAAAAAGUUUUCUACUGACGACAUAAACUGCAUGACUGCUGCUCCACGCGCUGAGGAAUGUGCCGUGCCGAUGUGGAGCAGCAGGAGGUUUCUGUACUAUAAUCUUGCACUCUUAAAUUUUAGACUUUUUAAGCGGGUGAAAAAUAGAACUUUAUUUUUAAACGAGACACUUGUUCCGGGGCUUCCUUUCCGUGCCCGGGUCUGGUGAGGUGGUUCAGGUCUGGGGGCAGCAGGUGCUGUGGAGGGGAGGAUGCCCUGUGUCCCGGAGGGGCGGCACUGGGGGGUCCCACGAAGCAGCUGCCCCCCCCCCCGGCUUUUCUUCGCAGGCCCUGGAGAGGGGCAGGGGAAACAGACGGUUGCAGUUGGUGUAUUGGAAAUAAAUUGUGACUUUCUAAUUUUA